AUGGCUCUGGGUGUGGGCUUGAAGCAUGCCAGUGCCACAGGCCCGGGUCUGUGCCAUGAGACAUGCAUGUGUGCCAACCACAAACACGCAGGAAUCCACACCGCAACCGAGGAAGCUAAACUCUCUUCAGAUAAUCUGAGCAGCAGAAAGAAGGGAAGCCAUUCAGCAAUCCCAUCUCCUGCUUCUUGGGGAAACAUUUCUGUGUUGUGCGAGGAGUUUCUUAAUUUCGCAGACACGCCCCACUUUGGAGCAUGUGACAUUGUAAGAAAAAAGAGAGAGAGAGAGAGAGGGUGAGAAAGGGGUGUCUGGCCGGUGUUCUUGUUCGUGUGCAGAGCCAGGGCACUGCCUGCCUUCAUGUUCUGCACCAGUAUGGCAGGACAGACUGUUUCCUGGCAGCAGCACCGGUGCACGCUUUCAACCAGGAGAUCUGUUCAAACUGCAACCUAUUAUGA